GGAGUCUCGGCUUGAAAAUAAACUUUAUUCUCUCAGAGUUUGUGAGGCCAAUGAGUUCUGACGGCAUUAUUUUGGCAUUGUGUUGGCAUCUUUGUGAAGAGGAGAAGGCGUGGCUGAAAAUAAAUGUCUGAGAAAAACGAACAACUUGAGCCUUGAUUAAGACCUCGGAGGGAGUAACAGUCAGAACUCAGCCUACAUCGCGCUGAAGAGAAAGAGAGACGAGAGGGAGCCUGUCGCAGCAGCGGAGCCGUUAACGAGCAGCUGUUUGAUGAGUGACAUCGCUCUCAAUCUUCAAAGGAAAGAAGCCGCAUGCACGGAAAUCCAGAAGCAAUCAGGGUCCAACGGUGCAGCGUGGUUAACUCAACACCAAGUAACACGUUUAAAACAAGUUAAAUGUGAAUGUUGGUUUAACCUGCUAACUUUAAAAGGGACUUUCUAAAUGCUAAAAGGGAUAUCCUGCUGUGGUGUUAAGUAAUUAUUUAAGUUAAGAAAGUGCUUGUAUGAUACAAGGUGAUUAUCAUUGCAAAGCUUAUCUUAAAUUAAUUGCUUGUUUUGGUUUUGGCAAUUUAAAAGAGCACAUCAAGGUAUUUAAAAGGCACAUUUAUAAUACAUUUUUUGAUAUUGAAAUGUAUGUGUGUUUUAUAACAAGUGGAAGAAGAUAAACUUUAACUAAAAAUACUGUCAUAAUACACAAACUUUAUUUUUGAAAGAAAAAGCAAACCUAAACAUAUCUAAGUUGACAGUUAGCCUACAUUUACAUUUUUAUUCAACUACAGUUAAUACAUUUUCAUCCAAACUUUCAAGUUGGCUAAUAUUCAAACCAAAUUAAGCUAAAACACAAAAUCAAUAGGCUAGCAACAUGUCUGACCAAGAAUGCAUUGACACUCGACACGCUGUGGUGUUGCUGCAAGAAGAUCCUGGAGAAGUUGCGAUCCCAAAUCCCCAUGAGCCGAGCACAAGUCAAGCAGUGAAAGAAGAGGGCUUAAGGAAAAGUACAAGACCCAGAAAGCUCACUGAGAAAGGCCAAGCGUUUCAUGAGGAAAUGGUGAGCAAGCUUCAAGCUCGAUUCAACGCCAGUUAUGAAAAGUGGAAAUCUACUGCCAAACAAGCAAAAAGAGCACUUGACGCAUCUGAUAUAGCAAGCUUGCACGAUCACAUUGCUCGUAUACAAGAAACGUCUGGUGAAGUCAUGCAAGCAUAUGAAGAAAUACGUAGUCAUGAAACUCCUGAUGGAAACACUCGCCGCAGAGUUGACACAUGUGAUGCAGUUUCUCAGAAGGUUUUCCAACAAGCACAAGAGAAUCUUGCAGCAGAAGAAGAUGAGCGAGAUCAAGACAAGAGGUCAUUUAACUGGAGUGAAACUCGCUCAGCGUUUAUAUUAGCAUCGUUGCAAAGAUCCAAAAACUCAAGUAGUCGACGUUCAAGUCAGCUGUCUGCAAAAAGGCAAGACGCAGCAGCAGAAGUAGCUGCAGCUGAAGCCACUCUGUUGGUCUUAGAAGAAAUGGAACGUGGCAAAAGUGAACUCGAAAUGCUUGAGAAAGAAAUGAAACGAAAGAAGAGGGAGCUUGAACGCUUGGAAACGGUAAAGCAAAUGAAUGCUGCAAAAGCGCGACUGGAAGUGUAUGAACAAGAAGGCAACUCAUGAGGAAUUGUCAGAUCUUCUGCAUGGAAGGAGCACACCAAGAAAGCUACCAUCCAAGCCAGUAAGACAUUCUGAAGUGAAAAUUGAAUCUUCAGGUUGCAAUCCAUAUGCACAACCAUUCAUACCAAAAGACACCACAAGAGGGCAACCUGCUAGCAAUAAAACACCAGAAGAUGGCAUAACAGCACUGGCUACAGCCUUGGCAGAGUCCAUCAACAUUAGCCGUCUACCGGUUCCAGAGCCCGCAGUUUUCAAUGGAGACCCCAUCAAGUACAAGGAUUGGAAAAUGUCUUUUCAAUUACUGAUUGAAAGAAAGAACAUCCCAGUGGCUGAAAAGAUCUACUACCUCCAAAAGUAUGUUGGCGGUCCUGCGAGAAAGGCAGUUGAAAGCUACUUUCUGCUUGGAACAGAAAUGGCAUACCGUACAGCUUGGAACACUCUGGAAGAAAGAUAUGGUAGUCCAUUUGUAAUCGCCAAAGCUUUCAGAGAUAAGCUCUCAGCAUGGCCAAGAAUUGGAACCAAGGAUAAUGUGGAACUAAGAGCGUUCUCAGACUUUCUCAAAGGUUGCGAAGUAGCAAUGCUACAGAUAAAGAAUCUUCAAAUUCUAAAUGACUGCUAUGAGAACCAGAGAAUGCUCAGCAAGCUUCCUGAUUGGCUUACGGCAAGAUGGAAUCGUAAAGUAGUUGAGAUUGAAGAUCAGUGUGGUUCAUUUCCUACAUUCAGCCAUUUUGUCAACUUUGUAGAAAAGGAAGCCAGGAUCGCGUGCAACCCAGUGACAUCUCUAAGUGCUCUCAAGGCAAACGAUUCAGAGAAAGAGAAAGCGAAAACUCCAAUGACUCGGAAUGUUGGAGCAAGAACAUUGACAUGCAGUACGGAAGAGAAAACCGAUACACUGAAGUGUGAAUUCUGUGAAAGGUCAAAUCACAACAUUCUGACAUGUCGAAAGUUCAUAGAGAAGGAGAACGCUGCAAAAGUGCAAUUUGUAAAAGACAAGGGAUUGUGUUUUGGUUGUCUUAAAUCUGGACACAUCUCAAAGAAAUGCGAAAAGAGAAGUAUCUGCAACACAUGUAAGGGGAAACACCCAACAUGCUUACAUGAAGAACGAGACAAAGAGUCAAGAAAGAAUAAGGACAUCCAAAGGGAAACAAAGGGGACAAGUGAGUCAAAGGAAACCAAACAAACUAAGGAACCAAGUCAAGAAACACCAAAUGAGGCUAUCUCAAACCGUGUUAUCCAAAGUAACAAUACUGACCUCACAUCCACAAUUGUUCCAGUGUGGUUGUCCACAAAAAGUAAUCCAGAAAAAGAACUAUUGCUUUACGCUCUUUUAGACAGUCAGAGUGACACAACAUUUGUUCUGCAAGAAAAGGCAGAUGUUUUGGACACAGACAAGAAAGAUGUGCAGUUAAAGCUCUCCACACUGUCAUCCAAAGACACAGUCGUUUCUAGUCAAAAGCUGACAGAUCUACAAGUCAGAGGCUUCUACUCGUCAAAGAGAAUCCCUCUUCCCAUGACAUAUACAAGAGAGUUUAUCCCUGCCAAUCUACGUCACAUUCCCACUCCGAACGCAGCAAGAGCAUGGUCUCACUUAGAGCACCUCGCUGAUGAGAUCGCCCCUCUAAUUGAAUGCGAUGUUGGUCUGCUAAUAGGUUACAACUGUUCACAAGCUCUGGUACCCAGAGAAGUCGUGUCAGGAAGAGACAAUGAGCCCUUUGCGCAGAAAACAGAUCUUGGCUGGACCAUAGUUGGAGGACUUGAUCCAUGUGUUGACUAUGGAGAUGCAAUUGGAUGCAGCCACAGGAUUGUUGUCAAGGAAGUGACACCCAAUUCACCAUCUGAUCAGUUGUUGAAGGAAGUGCACUACAUUUGUCGCACCCAAGUCAAAGAAGUGAUUACACCAUUGGAUGUGAUUAAAGUGCUUGAGUCUGAUUUCAACGAAAGAAAAGUGGAAGACUCUCAUUUCUCCCAAGAAGACUUGCGGUUCAUUUCAAUAAUGGAAAGAGUAGUGAAAAUGCAAGAAGAUGGUCAUUGUGAACUACCUUUGCCUUUCAAAAAAGACAGACCAAACUUACAGAACAACAAGAAAUGUGCAGAACAUCGACUCAAGUGUUUGAAGAAAAGAUUUGAAAGAGACAAACCGUAUCACAAAGACUACAUGAAGUUCAUGAAUGAAACAAUAGAGCGCGGAGAUGCAGAAAAGGUGCCUCCUGAAGAACUGGACAAAGGUCCUGCCUGGUACAUUCCACAUCAUGGGGUGUACCAUCCCCAAAAGCCCGGAAAAAUAAGAGUGGUCUUCGAUUGUUCGGUGAAGUAUGAAGGAGUCUUGUUGAAUGAUUACCUUUUGACCGGACCAGAAUUGACCAACAAGCUGGUGGGGGUCUUGUGCAAAUUUCGGUGUGGCCCAGGAGCAAUCCAUUGCUCUAUUGUAUUCGCAAAGUCCAGAGUAGCACCUAUCAAAGUCACUACAGUACCAAGGUUGGAGCAGUCUGCAGCAGUCGUUGCAGUGCGUACAAGUGACAUGCUCAAUGCAGAGUUGGAGCUGAAUGUUGAAGAAUUCUUCUGGACAGAUUCACAAGUCGUCUUGGGAUAUGUCAACAAUGAGGCAAGACGCUUUCAUGUGUUCGUAGCGAACCGCAUCCAACGUAUCAGAGAGAAUACCAUCCCCACACAGUGGAAGUAUGUUGCAUCGGAGGACAAUCCUGCAGACCAUGCAUUGCGUGGACUCAAGGCCAAAGAUCUAAUCGCCUCAAACUGGUUCAGUGGGCCAAGUCUUCUAUGGCAAGAAGAGCUACCCAGUGGAGAGUGCAAGGUGGGAGAACUUGACGCAAGAGACUCAGAAGUACGCAAAGCUGCCGUACACCGCACACUCAAGGUGGUUUCUCUGGAAGAACGUUUUGAGAAGUUCUUCAGCUGGUCGAGAUUUGUCAAAGCUAUUGCAAGGCUCACCAGAUUUGUGAAGGAAGACCUAUACCUACGCAAGAGAUGGCGUAGAGUGCAAUAUCUCGCCAAUGAGUUCUGGCGAAGAUGGAGAAAGGAAUACUUGUUGAACCUACAGCAAAGACAGAAAUGGCAGAAGACAAGAAGGAAUGCCAAAGUCAAUGAUAAAGUGCUCAUACAAGAUGACACAGCACCCAGAAACGAUUGGAAACUCGCUAAGGUCACUGCAGUGUGUCCAAAUGAAGAUGGAUGUGUGCGCAAAGUGCAGCUUCUAAUCAGUGACUCUACAUUAGAUGACCAUGGCACACGACUCAACAAGCAGACACACUUGGACAGACCUAUCCACAAGACAGUUACACUGUUAGAAGCAGAAUAGACCCACACUAGUCUGAAAAGGGAAAACACAUUAGAUUUGGUGGGAGUGUAGCUGCUGACAGAAGCACAUUGUAUAUAUGUUAUAUAAUUUCAUAGUUGGUUAGAGUAAAUAAAUACAAUGUAUAAAUAUAGGUUCAUAUUUACAUUUAAUGUGAUUAAAAAUUUAUUUUCUUUGGUAAUUUCAUGCAAGUAUAAGUUAACUUUAUUUUUGUUACAAAACUCAUGUAAAUUGGAGAGGAACAUAUUUUUUGUUCCGGUUUGGUCACAUUGUUGGGGGGACAAUUAAUAUGUGACGGAAAAAAGGGAAGCAGCAUGAGACAGCAAAUGGAAGAGGUUAAUGGAGUCUCGGCUUGAAAAUAAACUUUAUUCCCUCAGAGUUUGUGAGGCCAAUGAGGUAUGAUUCUUUUUGAUAUGUAUGUAAAAUCAAUGUGUUUUAUGUGAUUGGAUGUCAGACUAAUUGUAAGUUCUGUUUCUCUUAUUUAUUAGUUCUGACGGCAUUAUUUUGGCAUUGUGUUGGCAUCGUUGUGACGAGGAGAAGGCGUGGCUAAAAAUAAAUGUCUGUUUGAGAAAAACGAACAACUUGAGCCUUGAUUAAGACCUCGGAGGGAGUAACAAGAAGUAUAACACAUAUAAGAAGAAGCUAACUGGCAUACUAUGAACAUGUAGAAAACAAUAUUACAGUCAAUUAUGAGACAUGAACAAAAACAUCUGUCAGGUUUGUCAUUGACAGUUUGGUUAUGUUUUGGUUUUUCCUCUGUGUGUUUCAUUUCCUUUCAGCGCUCUUAUUUUUGUUCAGUUUCCUGCUUGUCUCCCUGAGCGCUGUUUCCCCUCAGCUGCGGCUGAUUGGCACCUGGCCACACCUGCUGGCAAUCAGCCGGCUGCUAUUUAAACCUGCCUCGCCCUCCACUCAGUGCUGGAGGAUUGUAAGCUGCUACCUGUUUGCUGUGGACUGUUUGCAGGCUGCUGUCUCCAGUUUUCUUGUUUGCUGGUUCCUGUUCACAUGUCUCCUGGUAUCCUGUUUCCUGUCUCCUGGUUCCUGAGAAGAAGGAAAAGGGAUGAAAUGACGGCCCGGUCACAUUCAUGUGUGUGCUGCACUGAGCCCACCUCUAGGAGCACGCCGGGUGCGCGCCAGUCGGGCUGCAGCAAGCAGCUGCAAUCAAUCGCCAGCAAUCAGCGCACCUGUGGCUGAUCAGGGGACCUGCCUUUAUAAGCCUGCACAACCUGCUAUCCCGUGCCAGAACGUAGCUACCUGUCCUGUACACAGCCUCCUUCCGUUCCCACGUUACGAGGUGUGUGUCUCGUCUCCCCGCAUUCCCUCUGCUUCCCUGACUGUCUCUUGGAUCACGACCUCCCGCCUGGACACGGACCUUCCACGCCCUGACUUCCUGCCUGCUCACGGACCUCCGAGUUCUGCCUUGUCCUUCUUGAUCUUCCGCCUCUCACACAACACUUCUGGUAACACUCAACAGCUAAUCACCACACAUAGUCUCACACACAAUUUCUUCUAUUACAGCUCCAAGGUGCAACAGUUUAUUUUAUUAUUUCUCCAAGGUGCAAGAGUUUAUUCUAUUAUAUCUCCAAGGUGCAACCGUUUCUUCUAUUAUAUCUCCAAGGGACAAAAGUUUAUUCUACUAUAUCUCCAAGGUACAACAUUUUCUUCUAUUAUUUCUCGAAGGGACAACAGUUUAUUCUAUUAUUUCUCCAAGGUGCAACAUUUUCUUCUAUUAUAUCUCCAAGGUGCAACAGUUUCUCCUAUUACAUCUCCAAGGUGCAAGAGUGUCUUCUAUUAUAUCUCCAAGGUGCAACAGUUUCUCCUAUUACAACUCCAAGGUGCAACAGUUUCUCCUAUUACAUCUCCAAGGUGCAAGAGUGUAUUCUAUUAUAUCUCCAAGGUGCAACAUUUUAUUCUAUUAUUUCUCUAAGGGAAAACAGUUUAUUCUAUUAUAUCUCCAAGGUGCUGGGUGAUGGGGCCGUGCUCUGGCUCCCACGCACUCUGGGAGUCGAAUGUAUUGUACAUACAAAUUCACAUAUGCUCACAUACAUACAUAGGUACCUACGCUCCCACAUACAUACACAAAUACAGUACAUAUUUACCUACCUAAAGUUCGUACAUCCACACGCACAUUCAAUAUACAAACAUACAUAUACACAUACUGUACAUAUACAUUCACUGUACAAACACAUAUACACAUUCUGUACAUAUACAUUCAUUGUACAAACACAUAUACACAUUCUGUACAUAUACAAGUACAUAUGCAUACAUACACUCAUGCACAUAAUCACGUUUCAUCAAACAUAUAUUAACGUUGUUGCCCUAGGGUAAACUGGGUGUAACACAUGGCACACUGACAAAGCUUAACCUAUUGUGACUAUAACAAUCUACAAGGUUAAUGUAGGUUGCUUCUCUUUCUCCCCCUCCAUUUUUCUGCAUUCUUUCGUAUCUCAAGUUAUCAUUACGUAUAUGUAUUGUUGCAUUUAAACAACUGUAUUGUUGAUAAUAAAGGUAAA